AUGUCGAUAUUUUUCGAUUUUGAAGUCGGGCCGAAUGGAAGAAGGUUCAGGAGAGCGGUGGAUGGAGACAAAGUUGACAUACAAUCGUUUGUAAACGAUAUUACUGAGCAUUUGUUCGGGCCUGUCGACAUCGGAGAACUAAUUGAACUGUCAGCCCUGUCAAUAUGUUUGAUAGACGAAAACAAGGACGUGGUGGGGUUCAUGGCGCUCAGCGACUAUCCCAACGUGCCCGGAGUCGACCCCGGUGAUUGGGAGAUCUGGCUACGAAACAUGUUCCAAAAGUACUUCCUCUCCCGUAACACCCUGUUCAUCCACUUCAUGUGCUGUGCGGAGGCGGUAGACGACUUCUUUCUGGAUGAGGCGCUGGUGUCGGUGUUUGAGCAUGACGCGUACUUGCACCAGGUCGUGUUGCUGGUGCCGCCACAGUGUCCUGAAG